AUUUCUCCUGGAUGCUCUCUGCCUUGCCGAGGUAAACAGCUGCCUCCACAGGCAGGACGAGGAGAAGACGAUGUUGCAGCUCGCUGUGUGAGAACCCAAACCCCGAGAGCCUACGAGUGCAUGAAGACGGCGAGCUGUGAUGGCAGAUGAAACGACUCUGAGAGCUGAUGUAAAAGACAAAGGGAGAGUAAACACCACUGAGGAGAGCUCCACAUGGGUGAAAGGAGAAAGAAUCCAAAGUGAGGCUCAAGUCAGUGACUGGAGACUCAGUGUCCCUGCAGAAACUGAGCUCGGGGAAACCAGUAAAGCCACAGACAAUAAGCGUCCUAGAGAGUGUGACAGCUCCUCGUCACCUCUUUUCUCUUUGAAAAUGUACCUGAGAGGAUCUCCCACUGCAGCAUCUUUGUCUUCUUCUCAGCAGAGCAAUAUGGGAGUUGACUGUGCAGGAAUUGUCCUGAACUGCCUCUUCUGCCGAUUCUAUGAUAUGAUCCACUUGCUGCCUGACUCCUGUGAGAGACUCGCCAAUCACUGCUGCCCCAGCUACAAACACGUCGUCACCACAGAGGAGGCUGAAUCCAGUGACGAUGAGUCUUACUUAGACUUGGACUGUGGGCUGUUCAGUUCCUGUCAGGAUGUAAGUGAUUGCCUGGAGCUGGCUAUGGAGGUUUCAGAGUUAUGCUAUCACUAGCAGAAGACCCGUAAUAAUCACCAAUCAGUGAAUUCCUGAGGGCUGCAACACAUAAAUGCAAAAAAAUAAGUGAAAGCUACAAUGUGGAGCAUUUGUGAUAAUACAAAUCCAGUAUACAUUAUCCAUCUGUGUAUGCAUGUUUAAGUCGCCUGAAUGUAUGAGAAGACCUUUUCACAAAAGGAAGGCUGUCCACUUUUGUAUUUCCUAAUUAUUACAGUUUAUCGUUACAGACUCUUGGCUGCUCUAUAAUUAAGUAUUAAAUUAAGUCUCAUAUUCUAGGAGUCUCUGCUUCAACUUUAUUAACUCUAUUCAACUUCUUUUGUCUAGAUGUAGUGCAGCACAGGACAUACUUAUCCAUUAUCUGGCUACACUGAUGCACUCAAGCAGACGGUGACAUGACAAAAAAAGUUAUCAACAGCAAGGUGGCUAACAGGCUAAACUAUGCUGAUGCCACUGUUUAUAUGCACUGAUGCAUAUUUGUAUUUCUGUAACAAACAAAUAACUGGGCUUUUAUUUAUUCAGCACAAAAGCAGAAUCUGGCAGCCAAGUCAAGACAAUAAUUUAUCAUAUUUAUGAAAAAAAAACAGCAAAGAAUGUAUAUUUAGCAUUUCUGUUGAACGUAAGCAUUUAAAUUCAAAUGCACUUGUUUUUUUCUGAUCUAAUGCAUGGUUUGUUUUCUGUAAGGUCGAUCUGUUCAGGGAGAAAAGAGACGCUUAUAUUAAGUUGCCAGCUUUUGGAUGGAGUGUGUUUGCCUUUCUGAUUCGAUUCUUGAGCAAAUCUAACUGUCCUCUACAGUCGGAGUCACAGCGAGUGCACCAAGCUUGACAACCUUGUUUCUCGUGUGUAAAUAGAAGCCCUUAGUGUCUGCAGCCCCGCACAGGUAAAACAUCCUCAGGCGCUGCUGCUCGGCUCACGUCUCAAAGCAGCCAGUGAGCCAACAUGCACAGCAGAGCCAGGAUCAGGCAGAACUAAACGGAGGGCAGCCAUAAUUCAUGUUAUGUUAUAAUAGGCAUGUUAUUAUACUAGACAACAAAAGGAUUUGUUGACUUUCCAGUGAUGUUUUGAGCUAUCAGAAUUUGUCAAAAAAGCAAAUAACUGUCUGUCAAUGAAGAUGGACUGAUUUCAUGCAUACAGUAAAUGAGCAAAAAAGUGUUGAGACACUGUGUAUUUUUUAAUAUGGUAUGUUUUAUCUAAAGAAUAUAUUACAUUGCAUGUAUUUGGCAGAUGCGUUUUGUCCAUUCUGAAAAGCAAUAAGUGCAUUCCACUGAUGUCUGUAUAAUGUUACUCUGAUCUGUUACCAUGUUGCCCUUUCAGCAAACAUUACCAAGCAGUGCUGUAGCUGGCGAGCAGCAGUACACAAAAUUCAAGUGUCAGUGAGAAUCUCAGUUUUUGAGGUCAAUGGUUCAGCGCAUUUUCAGCAGAUAAAACUAAAGAAAUACAUAAUGUCAUUCUACCAAACCAUCUGAGAAGUAAUGUGUGGAAGCAUUUUUCAUCUAACAGCACAGAUGCAAAGCUAAGAGAAAGGCUGCUUUUAACCAUGCAACUGCCUUACCAGUAACUUCACUACAGCGGUGAAUCUGAAGAGUCACGGAACGUGUCAGUCCUGCUUCAGCAGAGGUCUCAUCAAUGAGCUAAAUGCCAUGAUACAGAAUAUUUCGAAGGAAAAGUUGCUAGAUGUCCACAUUUGCAAACUAGAAUAUUGUUGAACUUAAAGGUGAUGUCUGCAAUUCUGGAAAACCAUUGUUGACAUUAAUCCAGAUUGCAUGUUGAGAUAGUUAGCAUAUCCCAGAUUGACCGUCCCUCUUGCUCCCGAUGCCACCCUAACUGCUCCCCCCUCCUGUGCACAAAUGAAAACAAGCACAGAACGUGCUAAGAUAGCGUUGUAUGGAUCCAAGCUACUUUGUCCUGAAUUUGCAGACAUACAACAUUGUAUGAACACUGGAUUUAUUUUUUUUUUUUCUGUACAUACACACACAACAGACAGCUGACAGAUCGUGAGGAGAUACCCACUGAAUUUAAUGGAAAGUGUGUUAGAUAAGACUUGCAUACUCCACACUUACUGUGCUUACAUGUACAAAUUCGAUUCAAUCAUUGUCAAUAAAACAAUGAAAUUUCGUUCA